GCUCCUACUACAAAUACAUGCGACUCUGAAGUCAAGAGAGCUUUUAGCUACUCUGCUAAACGUCCUAAAGCUUCAGACUUUGUCUUUCGCAGUUUGCCUCACUCAUUUACAGAAGGACUUAAUCACUCAUGACCUGUCUAUUUCGGUGGAAGAAAUGACGCCAGCAAUCCCUUACGCUGUCGGUUGGCGCUUUACUGUUCAAUUACAUAAACCUCCUGAGCCUACACCAGUGUUCGAGAACGGUUGUUGUAACAGCGACAUUGACAAUCUGGAAAAAGAACGGCUGAGUCCAGUUGAACGAUGCCUAAAUCAUCCUCCCCUUCCGGGCUGCGAUGAACCACUUAAGAUCGACUUAGGCAUAACUGAUCUUAUACAAGUGGUAGACCAACACAAUGCCCAGGUGGUGAUGGUUGACGUUUUAGGAGAUGGCCAAGGUCUUCAGAAAGGGAUGAGAGCAGUCGCUAAAUUCUAUGACCCCCUUUUCGCUAAUGAUGAUGACGGUUUCCUUAAUCCUUUCUCUUGUGUGGACAAACAUUAUACCCACGAAGCGGCUAUGUACAUGAGGCUUUCCGAUCUUGCGGGCAAACAGAUACCAAAUUUCUAUGGUUCUUUUUCCUUGUCCAUACCGGUCGAUCAGUCUAAUAGACGUACCAUCCGACUAAUUCUACUUGAGUAUAUACCGGGAUUAUCAAUGCUCAAUGCCAACCCAAAUGACUAUGAUAUUUCAUCACGACAACUUAUCUUAAAGGAGGUGAUCGAUUUCGAAAGUCUAGUAUAUGCGGGAGAUAUCUUACUCACGGACUUCAAGCGGAGAAAUAUCAUCCUGGUUGACGAUGCGUCUUCAAGAAGCGGCAAGCGGAGGGUAGUCUUCCUCGACUUUGGCGGAGCCCUCUUUGGGCGCACAAGAGAUGACGCCGCUCAUCUCAGAAAACUUCUAUUUCCUGGGACCUUUAUAUCACCUCUUCUACGUUGGGCAGAUUGUCACGAGGACUUCCAGUGUUGGGUUGAUUGGCUCUGGCAAAACUGGUUAAAGGAGAUAUAUGGCGAUACGGAAGAUCCAAUCACGGAAGAUAUGCGAAAGCUCUUCUCUCGUUAGAUUCCUUAGCGGAUGGAAAAUAGAAUCAAGAUUUUUAGUGCCAAAUUACUAUUUCCGUACAUAUGUCAAGUACUAUUAGUCCCCUACUGGCAAGAGUAUUUCCCGAAAUACCCCAUUCUCGAGUG